AUGUCGAUUACUGGUGCGGUAGCGGGGUUCUUUUAUGUCACUACCUAUUCGCCAUCGUGCAGGGUGAACGAUGGUAAGCUUUACGGUCUGGAAGCCGCAUAUACUUGCAUCAGACUUGGGCAACCAGGCACCAUGAUAUUCGUGAUGAUGACAGACAGUACCCGUGCAUUGCCUAUGUCUCUAGGCAUAAAUCUAGGUACUGCGCAGUUUUCAUGCCCUGACGUGAUACUGCUCGGCUAG